AUGGUGCUUUUAAAAAGAUAUUUCCUAUUGGCUGCAUGCCAUUGGAGUGACAGCGCUGCUCACCAAUGGUUUAAGGGCAUUUUUGCCAACCUCCGCUCCUAUUGGUCAGUGUUAUUCUGGACUGCUGGCUUCUGUUCAGUGAAUAGGAAGAAGCUGCUGCCUGAGGCCAACAGCAGAGCCCUAUGGAUAAGGUGUAACUGGAUCAAGUAAGUGAGUAGAGCUGUUAUAUUGGGAGCUUCCUAUAGGACCUGCUGGCAGGUGAUACAGGGCUUUGUCCUUAUAAUGUCAUACAUUGAGCUGGAGCUGUGAUUAGCAUGAUAUGAGAACUGUAACAUUCCACAUUGAUCAUCAGCAUUCUAAUGGGAGUUCUGGGCAGAGAUUUAUUAUACUGAGUAUAUUUAUGUAUAUAUAGUGUGUGUGUGUGUGUAUAUAUAUAUAUAUAUAUAUAUAUAAUUUUACUGUUUUUCCCCCAAUGGAUUUAAUAAAUUGACUGGCUAGAGAUGAACAAUGGGGUCAUUGUUCCAUCAUUCUGAUUUCUGGCUAUUUAUAGGGCUGUUAUAUGGCAACUAUGUACAAUUCUUUUGUUUAUGAAUAAUCAUGUGAUAUAUAAUUUCUAGGAAAUGUAUUUCUAAUAAUGACUGAGAGAGAAUGUUAUAUAGGAUUAUUUGGCCAUUCUAUGCAUUAUCUAUUACAGUAACAUCAUACAUGGAUUUUUACAUGUGAUGUAGGUGUACCCGUUUAUCCUGGUUAGGAUUCCGAUAUUAUUCCUUAGAAUUCAGAAAUAAUUGUAAAAUAAGUGUUACAUUUCAAAUCUAUUAAACCUCCUCUUUUGAAGGAACACUCUGUAGUAGUUAUGGUGCCUCGGGUGCCCUGGCACCGUCUGUGUAAGUAGUCGAACUGUUUUCUAAUGGUUUAACUUCUUGCUCUGGGCCCGCUGUGCGCUGCUUUCUACGUGAGCUAAGCCCAGCAGUGCAGGAUUUAGCUCAUUGGCUGAGAACUGAUACUCAAUCAUUAAGCUGGCCCUGCACUGUAGGACUUGUCUCAGUAGAGCUAACAUAAGAUUCAAGCAGGAGCUUUCAGCUCUUAGACCAAAAGUGAAAAGACAGGAAGAGGUGCACAAUGGCAUCCCAUGGUAAGGCGUCUGUAACGGAACUCCCCGUACUCUGACCGAGUACCUUCCGUUGAUGGACGCUUUCUAGCUUGCGCCGAGGACCACAAGCACCACACCGGACACCACAACCACCGCAGACUCCACAACCGCCGUAGCUUAACUGGAGUCUCGCCGUCUUCCUUCCACCCUGGAUCAGCCUCUGUCCUCCAGGACCGUGUGGGAAUGACCUCUUCCUUCCACCCUGUAUGAACCUCCGACAUCCAGGACCGUGUGGGGAAGACGAGAGGAGAGCGUACCAGGAACAGCUCUUAAAAGAGCUAAGUGAUUAAAGCUCAAUGAAGUAUGCAGAGCAUAGCAAUCCCCAGUGUGAGUAUAGCUGUCCCCUCCAAUCACGAGACAAGGCUACGUGUUGAGGGUGAAGAAGAACUGUUUUAAUUGGCAUCAAAGGGCUUUCUUUUAUGCAGGUUUUCCCUACAUAGGACCACCCACAGGGUUUUUCAGAACAACCAAUAAAAACAUUACAACACAUACAAUAAAGUAAACCACCCCAUUCAUCCCAGCAGAAAUCCUCCCCUCUGCCUGUGAUACAAUUAUCUCAACACAAUAGACUAACUUAAUUAUCACAGGCAGAAAAUAUACAGUUUUUACACAUACACUGUAACUUUAAAACCCUAACAGCCAAUCUUAAUAUUAUUAAUCAGCAUCCUUUUAAAUAUAAACAUACUCAAAAAUCAUAAAAAUCCGUCCAGUAGAUAGAAAGUUAGACGGAAGUCUAUUGUGACCGAUCGCAAGCACAUUUUCAUGCCCAAAACAGUUUUAUGGAUUUGGCCUGUGCGGUCGGUCUAUUUUACACUGAAAAAAUGACUAAGGCCCAUUUGAACGAGCAUUCGAAUCUUCAAACGGGACUUGGUCUCCAGCCGCAGUGUCGAAGUGCAAGAGAAGGUAGGUGUCAGCGGAGUUCGUUGAAAUGUGUAGCCAAUUUCAGUUUCAUGGAUUUGGCUACACAUACCGCUGACCUUGUUUGAAUGAACAAAGAUGGCCGCCGCCACGUGUUCGUUUGCACGAACUGAGGCCACCCAGCGGUCGGCAAUUUAACUACAGCAGGCUCCCAGCCUGGGAGGUAAAUUGCCUGCACACUUCCACUACUGGGUGGUCCGCCUGUAUGGUACCCCAUUUACUGAACCAAGUGUAAAGAAGCCAUGAAUAAAGUACUUUAACCAAGUCUGGGGACACAGUCUUAAAGGGGCAUUGUCCCAAUUUUCCCCAUGUCACAAAAAUGUGCUUAAAGGUCGAGCACCAGUCCAGUGAAAGUUCAUAAGCCCCCAUAAUGUUCUUAAAGGGUCACACACCCCCGGGCCAUAGUCGCAGGGCAGAAAGCUGGCAAGCAGGCCUCUCCAGGACCAAGUGGCGAAGGGCACUUUGUCACAGCGUCAAACCCUUGUCUUGACAACUUGCAUUGGUGGUGAGCAUCAGGACACUACUAUAGCGCAGGGGUGCCCAAAAGGUGGGUUCCGAGGUUUUCCAGAACUAUAACUCACAUGAUGCUUUGCAUGCCUUUUAGAAUGACAAGGUGUCAUGGAAGCUGUAGUUUUUAAAACAUCUGGAGAUCUACUUUUUGGCUACCCCUGCGGUAGAGGUUUUGGAGCUUGGAGUAUUCCUUUAACCCCUUAAGGACCAAACUUCUGGAAUAAAAGGGAAUCAUGACAUGUCACACAUGUCAUGUGUCCUUAAGGGGUUAAAGGGACACCGUAAGCACAGAAAUCAUUUAAUCUUAAAGGGAACCUAUACUUCUGAAAAUAUCAAACACUAUUCCCUUCUGUCCACCUCCUUUGCCCUGUGAAAAUUAAAAUCAAGAUUACUUACCUACUGUAAUUUUCAGCGCCAGGACUACUGUGUUGCAGCCUCCAGUGAUGUAAACAAGCAUGCUGACGUCACCCACGAUCUCGCCCAAACCAAUGCCUUUCUGAGACGAGCAUGGGAUUGGAGAGCGCAUGCACGUCAAAAUGCUGUGCUCUUCCAAUCAAGUGCUGCUAUCAUCAGCAUUUGAUUUGAAAGCCACUAAAGCUUAAUUCAACCCUGCAUUCUAAACAUUACCUUUAAAAAAAAAAAAAAAUUGCAAUAUUUUACAUUGCAGGGUUAAAAUGACAGAACCACUGCACUGCAUUGAAGAAGUGGUUUCCAUCACUAUAGUGAUGUGGCUCUUUGCCCAUUUACCUGUCUUGAUUACAUUUGCCAGUUCUUCCCUAUUCAUUUUUUUGGAGGGGGGAGGGGGGUGUCUUUUCCUUUUUUCCCUGGAGAAAUCAGGAAAAAAUAUACUUAAAUAAAAUAGGAUUUAGGUUUUUAUCUCUUUCCAAAAAUAAUAGUACUGAAUGUCGUUCCACCUACAGAAUUAUUUCAGUCAUGUGAAUUGUUUAAAAUACCAGUUCAAUAGCACAUUUUGCAGAUUUUGGUGUAAUACAUUUUGGAAGAACUAUGCAAAUUAUGUGCGUGUGUACAUUAAAUUCACAGAUUACCAGUAUUUUAUAAACUGCUGGGGUUUUUUUAUCACUAGCUUUCAUUAACUGAUCUCUAUAUGAAAUCAGUAGUUAUAGUUUUUUAUUUGUUUUAAAUUGCAUCUUGCUGCAUCCCACAAAUCAUUUUAUAAUUUGUUCUCUAGGUGAAGUCUACACCUUUUUUUUUUUUUUUUUUUUUUUUAAACAUGCAGAACUUGGGUAAGAUCUCCCAGUCUAGAGGAAAGGCAGGUAAGUUGUAUUCAAUCUUAGAAUGCCAAGGAAGGCCAAGCAGGCUGUAAACAGACAGAAAGUAAAUAGGGACAGUCCUGUUUGAAGGGAGCACAGAAGGUCAACCUAACAAGUAAACAAACAGAGGACAGGGAUAGCAGAGGACAGCAAUGUCUAAGUAAUGUCACUAACUUCUUGAAUGAUAUGAUCAGGAACUCACACAAAGACUGAAGAAAAGCUUGCAGACUUGUAAGCCUUAGUGCAAUAUUAUUGUAUUUUUUUUAUUGUUUUUUUUUAUAAUUUUGUAAAAGAUCCAGCAUAAAAAAAAGUGACAACAAGCAAAUAGCAAGUUGAGUAUACUUGGCUGGAUUCAGAGAAGCGAUGCCAGAAAGUGUGUGACAAUUGACACAGAAAUACAAGAUAAAAGCCCAUAAGGCAUCAGAGAAUGUGAGAAUCACCACGUGUGGCACAACAGGCAGUGGUGUAUCCUGGUUUUGUGCUGCCCUAGGCAGGACAAAACUCAGGCGCCCCCAUCCCCCCGCGCCAUGCCCACCUUCUAAAUAUACACACACACACACACACACAGACACACACAGUCAGACACACAAACACACACACAUACACAGUCAGACACACACACUCACAUUAACACUUUUUAAAAUUUUAUUAUUUAACCCCUCCUCCCCCCCCAGCCUCCUUACCUUUGGGAAUGCUGGGGGUCCAGUGGCUGGGCGGGCAGCUGGCGAGGGAGCACUUCCUCUGAGCUGACUGCUCAGCUCCCUCGCGCGCCGCAGAGUGAGGCUGGGAGCCGGAAGAUGACGUCAUCAACCCGGCUCCCUGCCUCACUCUGCGGGCUGCGCGCGAGGGAGCUGAGCAGACCGCUCAGGGAAAGAGCUCCCUCGCCAGCAGCCCGCCGGACCAUCAGCCAGCGCCGCCCAGCGCCGGCAUGUCAGUUAGCCGCGAGGCUAACAAGACAUUUGCCCUGGGCAUUUGAGGGCGGUGUUUUUUUGCCGCCCCCUGAAAAAUGCCGCCCAAGGCAAAUGCCUUGUUUGCCUCGCGGCUAAAACGCCCCUGACAACAGGGCAGAAUUAGAGCAGUAACAGUGGCAUGCCACUGCAGAAUGGGAGCACAGAUACUGGGUAAGAGCAUUUCUGCGGGAUCUCAAUCAACCCAAGUAAAAAAAAAAAAACGAAAACAAAAUCUAAGCUCUGGCAAUGGCAAACUGAGACCAACAAAUUUCAUAAAAGAAGGGUAAAAUAUAUAAACCUGGUCACAUUCUUCGUUUCGUUUUUUUGUGGUGUUUUUUAUUUUUUUUUUAUUUUUUUGGGGGGGACAAAGAAUGGUGCUAAUUUAUAUAAUUUGCUCAUUCAUUUAUUGCUAGUAUCAUCGUGAACACACUAUUUCACUGUGAGUAUUGGCUAAUGGUAGUCACCGUCUCCAAAUACAUAUGUUUGGUAUGCACUAUGCAACCACCGUAUAGAAUAGCCCUCUGACUUGUACAUUUAAAUUCAUUUUAGUUACAUGCGCCUAAAUGGAAAAGACAGUCUUGUAUUUUGGUUUAUUUUGUUUCAUCUCAUGGUCACAUAAGAUUCCAGCCUUUUUCAAUGUGGCACAUUGUUCUGAACGCAGACAGUCAGGAGUCAGUCUCCCCGUCUGACAUUUGCUUGGUGUUUUUUUUUUGCCAUAGUACUGCCCUAGGGGCAGUUGUACUUCGUACAAUUCGUACUGCAUUGCAUAAUUUAGCAAUCUUUGUUCUAAGGCAAUGUUUCUAUAACCCCUCGAUGGGACACAUUUAGAUCCCCGUGCCAUUUUAUUGGGUCACGAUAAGAUGGAAACAAACCAUUCAUAUUCAGCAGACCCCAGGCAAAUGCUUGCAAUAUAUUGUUUGUUUUUUUGUUUUCUUUAGUACUGCCUUCUCAUCUAAAACUUGGAGGUUUAUAAAGGUGUUUUAUAUAUAUUUGCAGUACAUCUUUUAGUACACAUUAUAUUACUACUGAAGAAUGGCUCAUUAAGGUAAUAUUCCAAUUAAGAUAUAAGUGAAGGCCAAUAGGCCAUGUAUACAAUUGUAGAUCCCUAUCAAAAAUAUUCUACAGAGUAAAUGGAAUUUCAUGACAAAGUGAUCAAAAUACUUUAAAGUCUAUUGAUUUAAAGGACCACUCUAGGCACCCAGACCACUUCAGCUUAAUGAAGUGGCCUGGGUGCCAGGUCCUUCUAGGGUUAACCCAUUGUUUUAUAAACAUAGCAGUUUCAGAGAAACUGCUAUGUUUAUCAAUGGGUUAAGCCUUCCUCUGAAGCCUCUAGCGGCUGUCUCAUUGACAGCCGCUAGAGGUGCUUGUGUGCUUCUCACUGUGAAAAUCACAGUGAGAGCACGCAAGCGUCCAUAGGAAAGCAUUAUGAAUGCUUUCCUAUGCGACCGACUGCGCGCGCGCAUUCAGCCGACGGGGCGGAUCGGAGGAGGAGAGCUCCCAGCCCAGCACUGGAAAAAGGUAAGUUUUAACCCUUUUCCCCUUUCCAGAGCCAGGGCGGGAGGGGGUCCCUGAGGGUGGGGGCACCCUCAGGGCACUAUAGUGCCAGGAAAACAAAUGUUUUCCUGGCACUAUAGUGGUCCUUUAACCCCUUAAGGACACAACUUCAGAAAUAAAAGGGAAUCAUAAUGGAAUAUUUCCGUCAUGUGUCCUUAAGGGGUUAAGAUGAUUAUGCCACUUGUAUGAUUUAAGGCAAACUGAUAUAAGUAGGGUACUCCACAAGUUAGAACACGGCAUAUUUAUUUACCAGACUGGCACUCCAUUUUUAAAUUUAAAAACAAAAGAAAUACACUUUCAGUAUAUGGGGAGCCCAAGAAUGGCGCUCAAGUGCCCAGCCAUAGUAAGAUCAUAUGAAGACAAACAAAAUUUGCAGAAGUGGUAAUAUAAAAAAUGAAACAAAACAAAAGAUAAAACCACAAUAAAACCUUGCCAUCUAUGAAAACUUUAUAUCAUCGUCGUCCUCUUCUUUGUCAUUUGAAAAUGCAUUUUAUGAACAGCUGCAAUAUGUUGGCUUUAUAUGAAUGAUAAGGUAACACCUAUAGCUUAGAAUAUGAAAUACAAUUGCAUGAACAUUUCUCUAGCAUUCAAACUUUUGUGGUCUUAUUCAACUGAAUUGCAAAUUUUGACUAAAAUUAUAGAUGUGGAAAAACUUGACUAUUAUUUAAGCACAAUUUUUAUUUAUUUAUAUUUCUGUGUAGUAGUGCUGGUGAAACCUUCCUAUGUUAAUUACUUCAAGAUCCAAUUUGUAGGGCUGUAUGCUAAACUAUUUGUGGAUGACUUUAUACCUUAUGAAAUGAUUCUAAACCCUCUGUUGUUGGGGUAGCAGCUGAUUAUUUCCAGAAUGCCAAGGACUUCGAAAAAGACGUAAGCAAAAUCAAAGCUACGUGUUUUUACACAAACAAAACCUGGCCAUUUAAACCAAUUAACAUUAACCAAAAUUUUAACCAGAGACUUUCUGUCACUUUGUGCAAGAGAGCAAAAUUAUUACUAUACCCUUCAUCUAAUUCUGCAAGUUAUUAAUCAUUUACAUCCAAUUUCUGUUCCCUGCAUAAAAAGGAAAAGAAAAAUAAGCUAAUUUUGUUAUGUUAAUAAUUCUGUGAUCUUACCUUGUAAUAUGUUAUUACGGGUCUUGGUUAUUCUCCUAGCUGAGGUCCUGCUGCUUGUCUUUUGUGACAACAGGUGUUCUCCUGCAAAGGUGACAUUCCAUUUUGGUUUUCUAAUAUCUGGUCCAGCAAGUCUUGAAGAAUUUCUGCAGAGAUGUUUCAUCUAAAUCUCCUGCCUGUAGCAGUUUUAGCCCCUCUUACCUGUUUGUCAAGGUUUUCUGACCGUUCCAGUUCUUCUGUAGCUCUCCAAACUUCUUCUGUAAAGGGUUAUCAAGUGUGAAUUGUCAGGAAUUUAUAAUGCAUUUCAACUUUUCAGGACAGAACCGUUAAACUGAAUGUCUGUCUGUAUUUUUCCAUUCCAGCUUAUUUUGGACUAAUAUUUGGAAUUCUCUUCUCUGGCUAAUGCUGUACAUCAUUGUAGGGACUUUCACUUGAAGGAACACUGUAGGGUUAGGCAUACAACAUGUUAGUGUUAUAGUAUCAUUAGUAAAAAACAAAACAAAAAAACGCUUUACUUGCCUUUCUUCAAACGUCACGCCAGUCUCUGUCGUCAUCCCGCCAUUGCUGGAAAGCAUUGGGGGACUAAUGCGCAUGAGCGGCAACAUCCAUUUGCGCCAAUCUGCAUCUCUUCGUUGAUUCAGUGCAUCUCUAUGGGGAGCGUUCAGUGACUCCAUGCAGAUUGUGGAGAUGUUGAAUGUCAGUCCUGUAAUCUUUGCAGAAUGGAACCCAGGAAGCCCUUCUAGUGCCCAUCAGAGGCGGCAUUGGUCAGCAAUGUAAACACUAAAACUGCUGAUUCUGCAAAGACAGAAUCUUUACCCUAGAAGCACUUUGUAAAGCCUUUUAACCUUGUUAGUCCUGGAUGUAUGCUCCUUUUUAAAUAUAUAGCGUGUAUGUAUAAUACACACAUACUGUGUCUCAUGUAUUACAGGAAAAUGUAAUUGAGGGGUUCUAUCCUAAUAAGCUACCCAAUUAAGUGUUUUUAGAAAUGUCUCCAGAACCUAGACAUUAUUUUUCUAUAGUACGUGUGCGUUUUUUGAUCUUGUUUCAGAGCCUGUCUGAUGUGUCUACCUAACGGAAUCCUUACGCAUGUUUACACAAGAUCAAUGGUUUUAUAUCCAAACCCUCAGCAUCUCUCAAAAUAAUACACAUUAUUUAAAAUUUGCUGAAAUAUUAUCUGUCUUGUUACAGACCCGCAUGCUUCAUGUUCGGUUCAGUCUGCCAAACUAAAGGAUUUUUAUUUUCGGUGCAACUAAUAUGAAAUAAUUGGGAUAUGAUCCAUGCCAGGACAUGAUUUUCCUGUAAGGUAGAGAACUGAUGAUAGUCUUUGGGAUUUGAUUGACACACAGUGCCACCUUGAUGCUAGUUAUCUAAACAGCAUGAAAAUGUAUUACUAUUCUAGGUGGCAUGGAUAAUUCAGACCAGGGAGAAGGCCUCCAUUUACAUACAAGGGAUGUACAAUCUUUCAGCCUAAUUUUAGGUCUAUGGGCUGUUUCCAGGUGAGCCUUAUUUAUUUUUUCAGUUUUGGUUCUUCCUUGCAGUAAUAUUACAGAUAGUGCAGCAUAUUUAACCCCUUAAGGACCAAACUUCUGUAAUAAAAGGGAAUAAUGACAUGUCACACAUCUCAUGUGUCCUUAAGGGGUUAAACGAACACUAUAAUCACCAAAACAACUUUACCUUAAUGAAGCAGUGUUUGUGUAUUGAUCAUGCCCCCACAGUCUCACUGUUCCAUUCUGUGCAAUCAAUUGGAUGUUAAAUUACUUUAGCGGUAUAACCCUCCUGCACUGUAAAUUGAACUUUGGUCACACACAGGAGGCUCCUGAAGGAACUAGCAGGCUAUUGGCAGAGCAGGAGAUAAGAAAUUCUAAAUUAAACGGAAUGUACAAUAAAAGAAGUUUAAACAUUAGCUCUUUCUUUGCAGUGUUUAGAAAGACUAUGCAAGCCACAUCCAGGGAGUUGUGACUAGGGCUGUAUAAACAAAGUGAUUUAACUCCUAAAUGGCAGAGAAUUGAACAGUGAGACUGCAAAGGCAUCAUCUAUGCACCAAAACUGCUUCAGUAAGCUAAAGUUGUUUUGGUGACUAUAGUGUCCCUUUAAGUUUGCAGUAAAAGACUUCAUGAAAAGACCAUAUGAUUUUAGAUUUUGUCACCGGUGCCGUGCAUUCUGCAUGCGAUGUCCAUGCUUUAUUAGAAAUAUAUCCGUGGAUUUUGCUGGUGAACAUUGUAUGUGCACUUGUGAGGUUUAUUCACACAUUGACGUUAGCAGUUUAGUGAUUAAAGGGCCUCUCCAGUGCCAGGAAAACAAUCAGUUUUCCUGGCACUGCAGGGCCCUUCUCUCUCCCAAUCCCCAGUUGCUGAAGGAGUGAAAACCCCUUCAGUCACUUACCUGAGACCCCCGCCGAUGUCCCUCGGCGGUGGUUUCAGAUCGUCGCCGCUCUUCCCAGUCAUUACGUCGGCCGGUGGGCGAGACUCAUCCCGGCCGCAGAAACCUAAUGUGCAUGCGCGGCAAUGCCGCACAUGCGCAUUCAAGCUCUCUAUAGGAAAGCAUUGAAAGUGCUUUCCUAUGGGGAAUUGAGCGAUGCUGGACAUCCAGCGACACUCUAGCACAGGUUUUCUGUGCUAUGGACAAGGAAGUGCCCUCUAGUGGCUGUUUAGUAGACAGCCACUAGAGGUGGAGUUAACCCCUGCAAGGUAAUUAUUGCAGUUUAUAUAAAAAAAAUAAAAAAAAUGCAAUAAUUACACUUGCAGGGUUAAGGGUAGUGGGAGUUGGCACCCAGACCACUCCAAUGGGCAGAAGUGGUCUGGGUGCCUGGAGUGUCCCUUUAACCCUAACAGACAUAACCAUUCAGUGUCUGUUUAUCUGUUAUUUGGCUUUAGAAUCAAGCUUGUUCUGCUCCAUAUGUCCAAAUAUUUUAUUAUGUGCCUUCUGCUCUUGUUAUAUUAGCAGAAUGGUGUGAAUUUUGUACAUGACACUAUUUUGCCAGGAAGAACAUGCCGCUGAAAUGUUCUAGUAGUAUUUGCCUCUCAGUCUCUGAAUAUUUAUUGAUUUUCUUCAUCUCCGAAUACCAUGUACUCUUCUCUAAUUGCUAAUUACUGUGGCAAUAUGUUCUCUCAAUACAAUUAGCUCCUUUAACCACAUAAUGAAGCACAUAAAAGCUGCAUUUCCAUACCAGUCUUUCUUAUCCUGUUGGUCUAGCUAGAACUUGUGAUAAAGUCUUAUCGGCUUGUCAGUCGCUUUAGCAGAGCUCUGCAACUUUUUAACCCCUUGAAAACUGAAACCCUAAAAUGUUCACGUUAUCUUCUCCUUGGAUGAAGGCUUAUUACACAGACAGCUUAGGACUUUCCGAUUUAGUGUGUUCUGUAGAAUUGAGCAAAUUUGCAGCAUAAACAUGGUCUGAUUUCCCAAAAGGCCACAGAGGCCUUUGGGUGGCACCAACAAUGGAGAGAUGAAAGACCUCCCUUACUGGCCAGCCCAUUCUCCUGCCAUGGGGCUGGGACCAACUGGGUAGACCAAAAUGACCGGAUUUGCAGAGUCGGUGCCCUUGUAGAGAAAGGGCCUCAUCAAAGCUCUACCUCGCCUGCCAGGCUGUCCUGAUACUUCCACUGUAUCGAAGUGUUAUUGUGGGUUAAUAAAGCAACGCUCGGUUACAUUACCCCCGGAAAGAGUUGUCUGAAUCCACCGGAAGUGGAGCAGCAUCCCCACUGGACCACCAAAGAUCAGGAUUUUCUCCUCUCUGGCCUAAGGUAAGUCUCAGGGAAAUGGGAAUAAACUUGUUAGGAUUUUUUUUUUUUUUUUUUUUUUUAAUAAUAAUUAUUUUUUAAUGCCACCUGCUGGCCACUACAGCCCAUGUUUCCCCCUCAACACACACACAACAGCUCCCUUCUCCUCCCCAACCAACACACACUACAGCCUCUAUUCCCCCCACGUAUACACUACAACCAUCAUCUCCCACACAUAGUACAGCCACUAUUCCCCUAAACAUACACACUACAGAUGCAACAUACAUCCCCUAUUAACAUGCUCGCACAUACAUACUACACCACAAACAGACCCAUCCACACACAACCCCACAACAGCCUCCCUCCCACACAUACAACUUUACAAGCAUCCUUGUCCCCCAUACACACCGCCAUACAAGAAGCCUCCCCCUCAUACACAAUCCCAAAAGCAGCUCCCAGAAACAAGCAACACCACAAGUAGCUUUUUUCACAAAUGCAACACCACAAGAUGCCAUAUCCACACUCUCAACCCCACAAACACAUAUACCACAAACAGUCACCACACACAUACACACACCCUCCCCCAACCAUGUCCCACGUAUCCAGCCACCCACCAUUCAAUCAUACCCUAACCCAGUCCCUGGGAAUAAAACAAGAGCUGGAUAUCGCAGGACGGCCUUGUUUUGCUGGUGAAACUUUUAUUGACAGCCGCUUCUGCCUAGCACUCUGCAGAAGGCUCUACAUGCAUUAAUACAUCUAUACUGUCUGGAUUGUAAUAGUCUUGUUCUGAUGUAACCUGUCAUUAUUAUUUUAACUAUAUUCUCGUCCUGCAGGAAAAUGACAUUUCUAGGAGUAAAGUCGGGAUAGCAGCCUGCGCUGCACUCUCCCACGUAUUGACAUUUUACAUAAUUGUCUACAAUGACAGUUGUUCAGGCAGAUAUUCUAAAUGAAAUUAUGUAAUUUUUUUAAUAUACAUUUUAAUUAGAUUUAACUGGAAAUAACAUCUGCUCAUCUCUGUGAAAUGCUAUGUCCCAUUGGAAAUGAAUGUUGGUGCAUUCAUUGGUUGCACUAUAACAGGGGUAGGAACCGUUUUAGUAGUAAUAUGUCAAAACUAGAUUUUGAAGUCCCUUGGCAUGCCGGUCCCAUCCCUUUUUUUAUUGUGGUGUGUAUGUUGCCGCAUUCUGCUUGUUAUUUAUGGCUGCUGUAGUUGCUUUGUAGCAUUAGUUUUUGUGCUUAUGUGGGCUAUAUUGUAUUAAUGUACAGGAGGGUUUUGUGAUAUUACGUGUGAUAUUAGUCGCCGUAUUCAAUGUGGGGUGGUCUGAUGUACCUUUGACCCUGUUUCGUACCUGUACACUCUACCUGCAUGUUGUAUUACUAUCCAAAAAUAUUUCAAUAAAAAAAUAAGAUACUAUGAAUGUGGGUUAUGUGUGUGUAUGGAUGGUAUGUCACUUUGUGUGUUUGGUGUGUGUAUCUGUGAGUCUGCUUGUGGUAUUGCAUGUGAGAGACUGCUUGUGUUUUGCCAUGCCAAUGCCCCUAAACAUUUCUUGUAAGAUUAAAAAAAAGGAAAACUCACAAGAAGUAAGUGUGAAAAAAAAAAAAAGCUCUUAAAAAUGGCUAAAUAGGAGUAGCUCAUGUUACAUACCUGUGAGGGGAAUACCUUUUUCCCCUCACCUUCAUACCAAACCAAACAAACAAUUAUCAAGAUAUGAUCUGAAUAAUAGAUGGGUGGCGCGCUUAAAUAGUAAAUCGUAGCAUGCAAUGAUUGCUAACCCCCUUUAUAAGGACAGAAGAUAGACGUAAGUCUUCCGCAGAGCGUCACGUGACCACAAUCCUUCACGGUGGCGACCAUUUUAAAAAGAGCAUUUGAACCUGGAAAAUACUACAGUCAACUAAGGAAGCCCACAUCAGUGAAACGCAUUUUGGCAUAUCAAAACUGGACCUUAGAGACUGAUAAGUGCUUGAUAUUUGAUUUUAAUUCAAUUUAUAUAUAUAUUUUUUUUAUUAUUCAUUUUGUUUAAUAAAUAUCAGUUUUUAGCACUCCAGUAUGUUAAUAUAAUAUGUCCAGAUUCUAACCAGCAUUUUUGGGCUCUAAUGAAGGUGAGAGUCCCCCUUUUAAAACAUGUAGUUGUUUUACUACUUUCAAAGAUAUCCUGCACCAUUAUAUUUCCUGCUUUUUCUGUCUUGUCCCGAGAGAGGAAUUCAUAUGAUGAAGGUGAGGUGCCACCUAUAUGAGCACCACCGCACUUAUAUAGAGCCUUAAUUCUCAGGCUCUGUACAUUUUAUUUAUGUACAAGUACCAUCUGCACUAGUGUUUCUUUUAUGUUUUAUCCCCUUUUUAUGUAUCCAAGUACACCAGGAUUUCCAUACUUGUAUCAAAGGUGUAAGCAAUCAUUGUAUACUGAGAUUUACUAUUUAAGCGCUCCACCUAUCUAUUAUUAGGAUUAUAUCUUGAUAAUUGUUUGUUUAAUUUCUUGUAAGAAGUCAGAUUUUUUUCCCUUUAAUUUAUAUACAAUUAUUUUAAGCCAAUAUAUAAGCACUGAGAAGUUCAUUUUUAAUCUUUUACCUACCAUCCAACAACGCCGUUCAAUGCAUUGUCCUUUCUGUCUGCCUCUUUCCCAUCUUCUGUCGCUGUAAACAUAACUUGUAACCUUGUACCUUAUUUUAGAAAGUCACAUCUUACUACAUUCUAAGGUCCCCUCCUACAGGGACUGUCAUGGGAACCAUGUAUGCACCAUGCAUCACUAAUUACAUUUUAUUAUUAUAGAGGUCAAACAUAGCCAUUGUUACCCAUGGGGGUCUAUUAUACGAUGCAUGGUUGGCCUCUAAAGUCACCAAGCUAAGAUGGCUAACAUAUUAAUGAACAUGGCUAGAUUGGUAUAAAAAUAAGGUGUUCAAAAAGUUGGAGUUCCUAGGGUGUAGAUUAACUAGAUCUCCCUUGAUGCUCAGCUAACAAAAAGGUUAGCAAAGGCACACUGAAUGUGUAGCUUUUCAGCAGCUGGUUGGCUACCUUUUGGGCCAUACCAAGUCUAGAAUAAAUAGCCAGUUAAUCGUUAAAAAGGCAUCUACGUUAAAAUACGGGUGUUCUUUAUGUAUUAGGUGUCACGGUUUGGAAAGCAGAUUCCACAAUAAAUAAAUAAUAUACUUUUAUAUAAAAAUUUAUCCUAUUUUCCAUUUAUUUACAUACAUUUGUUUUUCCUCUGUUGAAGGGGUGGGGAUGCCAUCUCAUGCAUUAAAUUCUUUUUUUAAUAUGUUUUCCGUUUGCCUAGAUAUACCCUUUCAUGCUAAAUACAGUAUUUGCGUUCUCAUUCUGAAGUACAAGAACAGAAUGCUCUGUCUAAAAUAACUAGUGGUACCAGCAGACGUUUAUGAAUAGGGACUCCAUUAGUUAUCUUUAAAAGCCUUGUGGCGGAUGUGUACACAUGCCAUUCAAUAUCCUCUUAAGUGUAUGUUUUUAAAAUGCAAAUUAAUAUUGAACGCAUGGAUAUAUGCUUUUGAUUGAUUGGAUUAUAACCCCCUCGUGGCUAUUGCAUGGAAAAUAUGUGUGUUGCACAUAUCUGUUACAGAGUAUCACAAAAGGGGAGUAGGGGGUUACUAAUUAAAUUAUUCUGUAGUACAAUACAUUCACUAUAAUUCUAUAAUUUAGGAAUAUUAGUUUUAUAUGAAAUGCCGCCAAGUUAAAACCUAAAAUAAAAAGAUAUUUUUAUAUGAAAUUAGAUGUACAGUGUUUUGUAUUGCGUAAGCAGCUGGAUUGUGCCAUCUCGGUCUUUUGCUCUCUCACCCUCACUCUUGCUCUCUCUCUAUAAAAUAUAUAUAUAGUGUGUGCGCUUAUAUUAUUUAUUUAUAAAAUAUUUUACCAGGAGAGAUACAUUGAGGUUACCUUAUUUAGAAAGGUACAUCUUACUGCUUUCUAAAUCCACCUACAGGGACUCUCAUAGGAACCAUGUAUGCACCAUGAUAUAUAUAUAUAUAUAUAUAUAUAUAUAUGAGAGAGGAGGCUGGCACUUAUGAUCUUCUUAAAAUUCCAAACUUUAUUGAGGUAUUUUUAAAAACAGGUGCAUGUAUGUAUAUCUAUACUACAUAAAUGUGUUUAGAAAUCAGUCUAUAUAAAUAAGAUACAUUGUUCUUGUUCUGAAUUACAUUUAAGUUGCAUAAAUUAAGUAACAUAAAAUUUAUCUGAAAAGCUCUGCCCCUGGCUACACACUGAUAACAUUAAAGUGUUCCUGUGUGUUGGUUUGAAAUGUUGGAAGUUCUUUUUAUCUAAAAAAAAAAAAAAUUGUCGUGUGUGUGUGUGUUUUUUUUUUGGUUUUUUUUUUGUACCUUCCUCAUUCUUGGGUCCUCUACCAGAGGUCUGAGGGUUCUGAGUUUCUUCUGGACAGCGAACUCAGAUAUCCCACCUGGAAUCUGUUGAAGCCACAACUUGGGGGUCACAGCUCCCCCAUGCUCCCAUCACAAAUGGAAUUACUACUGCUUUAACUUUCUGCAUGCUUUCGUGCUCCUCUUUCAGUCCACACUCUCAUGUUUCUUCUUCCUGAUGUUAGUCACAUGGCCACCAUCACUUCAGUCUUCUGUUCCUUAUCUACAUGAUGUAUUGAAUCUUUGGUGUUGUUUCAAAUCCCCUUUUCAGUAUUGCUUAUGUACUGACUCAUAUGCCCAUCGAUCUUGGAGACUGAUGCCUGACAGGACCUUCCAUGUUGUAGGGAGGCAGGUAAUUGGUCUGUAGGUAAAUAGUGUUGUUCUGCCAUGUUUUAGCCAGUCAGGGUGGGAGCCUGUUGCUAUUAGCUGGUGUAUUUGUGCUCCUAGGUGUUCAUGCAGUAUUGUUCGUUUCUUUAUCCUGUGGGUGUGGAUCAUGUUAGGUCCACCUGACCAACUAUUCAUGUGCGACACUUGUAGGUCUCUCACUGUGAUGGUGACUGGUUCCUGCUCUGGAAGCAUGCAUUGGUCUGUUUUCAGGCUCUACAAAUCCAAUGUACCAGGUCCCAUGGCGACUAGAAAUUUGUCAGCCUUUUACCCAAAGCGUAUGACUGGGCAAACAAUGGAGCCGGCAAUCCUCUUGCGGAAGCAUGGAGGCACGUGGCUCAGAGAGCGUUGUAGCUGACCUCCCUGGGCUGUAUGGAUGCGGCCAGCUCAGAGAGUAUUGUAGCCGACCUCCUUGGGCUGUAUGGAGGCUUCUGACUCAGGAAGCGUUGUAGAGGUAGCGCGCGAGAGAGCAGUGAUCUUCCUGCAGCUCCUCUCUGCUCCCUCGCACUUAAUGUUUAAUGAUGUCGGGAGCCAGAAUAUGAUGUAAUUCCGGCUCCGGCAUCACUACUGGGAGAAGAGGAGCUGCAGGUAGAUUACUGCUCCCUCACGCGCAAAUAGAGUGUGUCCCUUUUUUUUCCCACGCCGUACUGAUUUUGCCACGGCUUGACCCACAUCCAUAGCGGAGAUCAUCAAUCUUUAUAAUCUCAGCUUAGCCAAUGCUUUCCCGUUGGAAAGCAUUGGGUGGAUAUUGCUUAUGUUAUCUAUGGGAAGCAUUCAGCGCCUCCAUGCAGAGCACUGACACAGGACUCUCUGUAGUGGCUGUCCGAGUUACUGUCACAUUGCUGCCUACUAAACCCUCAAGUAACUAUUGCCUUUUCUCUGAAAUUGCAGCGUUUACAUUGAAAAGGCUACAGGGACGGGCUAUAAGCACCAGAACAACUACAUUAAUCUGUAGUGGUUCUGGUGACUAUAGUGUCCCUUAAAAACAAAAAAACUGGCUCCUAACUUUAUUUGGCUUCUAGAUUCCAAACAAAUUUUGUCAGGCCAUUUAGUAGCCACUGGGCCUUGGUGUAACAUGAUGCUUCUUUCUUCCAGAUAUUCUUCCAGUUCAGUCUCUGCUCUGGCUGGGUUUUGGGUGGAUAUGUUGUGGUCACUUUGCAGCUCUGCAUACACUUUUUGAAUAAUUAUUUUGGUAAAUAGGGCAUUUAUUCUCUUAGCCUUUGCAUCUCAAUCAGGUCUAGGUUCUUACUUUGUGUCCAGGAAUGGUUUGUUCCAGUAGCCCACUUGUCGUCAGAUUUCCCUGGUUCCCUGGAAUCUGAUGCGGACCUUGUUAAUACGUGCAACGCCCGAGCCGGCUUGACUCUCAUGGUUCGUGUUACACUCGUAUUAUUGAGGUAGGCGGAUACAUAUCUUUAGGUGCUUUGCACAUAUAUCUAUCCUGUUUCUCUGGAAUAUUUUUGUCUUUUUGGUACCAGACCAGAACUGGCCCCAUGUUGAUGGGACCCAAUAGAUGGAAACUGCAGUCCAGGGCUGGUUUCUGCUCACGGAUCCUUUUCGGAUCACGGCUCAUACUUUGGUUUAAAAAAAUAAAUAAAAAAAGCUGUGUUUAAAAAUAGUGUCCAUUGCUAAGGGUAUCUGCUGAAAUGCAGUGUUUAGUCUGAAACACGAAUCCUGUUUGUGCUCAUUUGGACAUGAAGAUGGGAACUCUGGGAUCGUUGUGAAAACAUGAUUUCCUGAGUUUCGUGAAGGACUUCUCAAAGUACAACUUGAGAUGUGCAAGUUAUGCAUAACAGUAAUGUUAUUUCUAUAUCUCUGUGUUUCUUUAAACAGGUUGGAGAAAUAUAUCAGCCCAUAGUAAAAGAAAUAGCCUCUCGCCACAGUCGUACUUUAGGAAAUGUCUCCGUUAGGGGGUUAGUUCAUUUUUAGGUCACUGAUCUGCUGCUAUUUGACCAUUAUUUUGUGUUGCGUGUUUAUGGAGCAGGACAUCUUGUAUUAUUUUUUUAAUUAUUUUUUUUUUAAAGCUGCUGCAGAUUUGUUUUUUCUCUCUGAAAAAAAGAAGCUGAGCCUUUCCCGUGGGAUUAUCUCAAUUGUUUCCAUGCUCUGUCUCUUCCCAGAGUAUAUUUGGCCAAAGGAAUAAAAGAUCCAUCUGUGAUAUUAUCCAGGAAACAUUAGUUGUUGUCAUUGGGCAAUGACUUCACAUUCCCAAGGCCUGCAUUUAGUAUUUAAUCCUGAAAAUAACUCCAUUUAAACUGGAUACUGUGCAAGUCUAAAGGUGACUUAGUCUGGAAAGUCCAGUAACUGUACGUGUGUUCUGUUAAUAAUCUAUAGCGUAACAUUUUAUCAUUAUUAUUAUUUUAUUUAUAUAGCGCCAUCAGAUUCCGUUGCGCUGUACAAUGGGUGACUGCAUUUUAAGUGUUGACUACAGAUCCUUUCUCUCUGAAGGAAAGAAGACCUUCGUAAUUAGCAGUUUGUCCCUUCGAUAUCACCGGAACAUAAUGUAGCUGUUGCGAAAGCAACAUGUGAGAGUGAUGUUGAAUAUGUGGUCGUAUUGCAGAGUAAGUCUGAACUUUACUCUGCAUUUUAAAUUGAGACUUUGUACAACACAGUCAAGACUGUAAGCUUAUGAGCAGAGUUCUCAUUGUGUGUGUGUGUGUGUGUGUGUGUACAUAUAUAUAUAUAUAUAUAUAUAUAUAUAUAUAUAUUAUUAAUAUACAUUGUGCUGUCUUACUUCAUUCCUGGUUUAUCAAUGCUGAAUAUGCUGUUAUACAUGGUAUUAAUAGAUUGUGGGGGGAGGGGGGUGGGAUAUUUUUAUUUAUUUUUUUACUUAAUAGUUGUAACAUAAGCUGUAAUUUUAUAAUUGAAUACACAUGACGAUUCGUUACAAAUUUCUGUUCUGCAAACUUACUGCUUAUUGCAAAACUGAUUCCACUACUUCCUGUUGAUUGGUGAAUAUACAGAGAAACACAAACAGGGUUAUUUGUUAAAGUCUGAAUUUUCUGAAAUUCAAAGUGAUUUUCAAACUUUAGGCCACAAUAAGUAACCGAAUAGCUUUACAAACUAUUUAUUUUUUUGUACGAAUGUUUAAAAUAAUUUUAGUGAAAGAUAUAUUUUAAUUUUUUUAUAUUUUGAGAUAUAUAUUUAUAUGACAUAUAUGACAUUUUUAAUAUGUUGAAACCCUAAAUCCUUUGUAAAGCUCUUUGAAUGAUAUUAAAACAGACCUGACAUGGUGACAUUGCCAAUGGUGGAUCGGCAAAGGGUAAGUUUACAUUACCUGAACCUGUCCCUGGUGGCUGCCGCCAACAUCUUCUGACCGGUCCUCUUCUGCUCUUGAGCCUUCAGUGCCAGGAGCUCACAUCACAGCUGUACUUCGGUGCAAGCACUGAGGUCUACUUCACAACGCAUUGGCAAUUCUCAUAUUUACCAAAGCCAAAUUUUAGCAAUAUGUGGGUCCUAUAUUUACUUUUUCCAUGUGGCGGCUGUCUAGCAAGUGCUGGUCAGCCGUCACAUAAUUAACCCUUGCGCUGCUGAUGAUUUGUAGCUUUUUUACCCACAGCUGUAAAUUGCUUCCGAUGAUGAACGUCAUCUGAACCAAUGUUACAGAAUCGGUCAGACCAACAGAAUUCUGUCUGCGUUUGGCUUUACUAAAUAUGAGCGUUGCCAAUGCGGUCGGAAUUCGGACAAGGCAGAGUGAUGGCAUCACCACGCUGUGCAGGGAGGGAAGCAGGAGCCUAGCAGUCCGAUUCUAACUCAGUCCGACCAAAAGUGUAUGAAUAUGGCAGAGGGAUCUAGUGUUCUGUUAAAGUAGGUUAAAUAUAAUCUCUUCAUUACAUGCUGCUAGGAUUCUGGUGACAGUUGUUCUUUAAUGCAUAAUAUUUAACCUGGGACAAAUAUGAGGAAAGAAAAUGUUCAUUAAUGUUUUUUUUGUUUGUUUUUUUUGUUUGUUUUUUUUAAAUGUAUUUAUUUUUAAACUUGAUUUUUGUUUUAUUUAUUUAUUUUUAACUUGGUAAAAUAUGUUUAAAGUACUUUAUACAGCUGGUUUAUUUUUGUGUGAGCUUCACUAUUUCCUCCUUUUUCUGUUCUCAGUAGGAGAGUCAUGAUGAAGCUGCCAUCUGCUCCGGAAUGA